CACGGAGCAGACGUCAAAAAUCAUAAGUUGCGAUAGUAAGUGAGCUUUCUUCGUGGAACCGAAAUGGACCAAUAUUAACCAGACUUGUUAAAAUAAAGCUGGGGUUUUUUUGUUUGUUUGUUUGUUUGUUUGUUUUUCUGUUGUUGCGUUAUCUCGCUUCGUAUAACACCCCUUCCUCCUUCCUGGCGGAGGGAUCCAUGACGUCACUUGUUGUUUGGAAGAAAGAAACACGGUACCUAGACCUGAAUCUGUCCUUUUAUCACUCCUACACAUUUUAUGACUAAAUAAAAUCGAACCAUGUCUACCCCUGCAAGGAGGCGCUUGAUGAGAGACUUCAAAAGGUAUCUUAAAUACAUUUCAGACUACUGUUUUGUUUUUUUUCUUUCUGGUUGUUAUCGAUUUAAAACUGCGAGAUAGCCUGUUAAACAUGCCGUCUGCUCGAUUCUUGGCUUCUUAGCUGUGAAGCUAACUAGUGUAACGUGUGUGUUCUGAUUCUCGUGUUUAUCUGGGGUUUCUUUCUGUUUUUUAGGUAGCCAAAAAUGUGCCGUGUCAGCGGAAGGAUUAGCAAGCUAUAUAUAGGUAGCUAGGUAGUGUAAGUGAAAUAAACUGAAUAAUAAUCUGAACAAACCAGCGCUGCUCUGCUUAAUGGUAAACUAGUAAAGUAAACUAGUGUAAUAUACACAUAUAUUAGUCUCAGUGUUAUCCUGUUGAAAUUAGAAAUGGCCAUUAUUUGAGUGAAAAUAAGUGUAAAUUCGUUUUUAUUUCAUCACCCGUGAACGCCAUGGGCGGUGACGAUCACCUGGAUACCUUCUUGGGCUCGUGCGCAUGCAUGCCGGGACCUUCAAUAAAAUUAGGGCUGUAUGACGUGUAUUUUGGAUAUCAGUGCCGGUGUCACUUGCCUCCUACACAUGCUGGACUUCAUGUGCAUUUUGGGUCUGGGGUUAGUGGCGACUUGCUUGAGGUGGGUUCUCACUAGUGGUUGGGACAGUAUGGUAGGUUCCUCCACAAGUACAUCUGUUGUCUCAAAUGGAUGGAGAGAUUUGGCACCCUUGUGCAGUUUACCUGCGCCUGUGGGUUCGGCCCCUCAAAGGGAAGUGCAGGUAGAGCAGUCCAGGAAACACUCCUGAAUGUAAGAGACCCCCGUACACAAACGUCUGUGGAUGGUGUGCAGUCCAGCUAUUAUAUGCAGUGCACUGCCUGGUUCCUAGAGUACUAGCCUAACUGUAAAGCCUGCUAGACAGAAGAAAGUCCCCAUAUAUGCUAAAGGUGUAUAUGGAAGCCACUGCAGUAUGACACAGCACUGUGGAUGGCGUCUUGCUGAAUGUUCCUUAUAAGUACCUUAUAGUGUACUUAUGCAUCGGGCAUUGUGUGCCGUUCAGUGUUUUGCCGCCUGACUUUGCCUUUUAUUUCACAUCGUUAUUCUCCGAGUUAUGGAUCUAGUUCCGUUUUCUCGUUUGUGUAUUUUGGAUUAUCCCUGCGUUUGCUGAUCGCCUGACCCGUGCCUGUGUUCAGUUUACUGAUUUGGAUUCACGAUUUGGAUUUUGUCUGCCUGCCUCUGAAAUAUAACGCUUAAACGGCAUCUUCAUCUGUCUCUACUCGCCGAACAUGACACGGUGACAUGCGUUCUUAUGAAAAAAUUUGGUCAUGUCCAUAUAUUGAACGAUAAGUCGAUAACGUGAUUGUCGUGACGGGUCAAGAUGUUUGUCGUCAUGCAGAGUUCCACGUUUGGUUGAAAACCAAACACAGUGUAUCACCACAAGCACCUCAUACCAACCGUGAAACGUGGUGGUGGAGGGGUGAUGAUUUGUACUUGUUUUUCAGCCACAGGACCUGGGAAACUUGCAGUCACUGAGGCAACAAUGAACUCAACUUCAUACCAGAAUAUUCUUGAGACUAAUAUGAGGUCAUCUGUCCAGCAGCUUAAGCUGGGCCAAAAUUGGGUCAUGUGACAGGACAGUGAUCCCCAGGACACCAGCAAAUUGACAUCUGAAAGUUUCUGAAUACUUCAAGAAGACCCACCAACUGGUGUGAGUGGUGCUCCCUCAGAAAACAAUAUCAUGUUGUGGAAUGCCGUUAUUUUUGGACCUGUAGGAACGCCGUUUGAGGAUGGAACGUUUAAACUCGUGAUAGAAUUUUCAGAAGAAUAUCCAAAUAAGCCUCCUACAGUUCGAUUUAUCUCCAGAAUGUUCCACCCAAAUGUUUAUGCAGAUGGCAGUAUAUGUUUAGACAUUCUUCAGAAUCGCUGGAGUCCUACAUAUGAUGUAUCCUCAAUUCUGACAUCUAUCCAGUCCUUGCUGGAUGAGCCUAACCCCAACAGCCCAGCCAACAGCCAGGCGGCACAACUCUAUCAAGAAAACAAGCGGGAGUAUGAGAAGAGGGUUUCUGCCAUUGUGGAGCAAAGCUGGGCCGACUCCUAAUGCUCAUAAUUCAUGUGCUCCAGUGCCAUUUAUCAGGUUUUCAAUCUCUCAUUUUACAUAUCUCGGACACACACAUGAAAGAAACUGGUCCGCUGCAAGUGGAGAUCCAAUCUGUAAGGAUUCCUUUACCAACAUUUUUGAAAUGAUUGUGCUUUUGGUUUGAUGUUCGUUUUUUUUUUAUUUUUUUUUUUUAGUUUCAUUCUAAGUUAUUGUUAAGAGUUUAUAAUGUUUUACAGUAACUCCAGGAUUAUUGGCACCCUUAAUGAGAAUUGUGCAAAAAAAAAUGAUGUAUAACAUGAAUAACACUUUCAAGAUUUUGAGCUCAGCAUUUCCUUAACUGUUUUUUUUUCCUGUGGAAAAAGGUUUCAGGAUGAUCCGUACAGACACACUGAUUGGUGAAGCCUCCCUGAGAAUAGAAUAAAAUAAAAAAAAAAAAGAACAGUAGAAUAAAACAGACUGUUAGUUUUGUGCGUUUGGAGUCGCCCUCUUCAGUUCAGACCUUUAGUUCAAUUUAGUUUUUCAGUUUGAUGAGAGAACACAAUUCAAAUUAUUGUUCCGGUGCUACAUUGAUGUGCAUGUGCUACAUUUUGUUCGUUGCUCUCAGGAAGGCGGUGGCUUAGUGGUUAGCACGUUCACCUCACGCGUCCAGGGUCUGGGGUUCGAUUCCCACCGUGGCCCUGUGUGUGCAGAGUUUGCAGAGUUUCCGUGCUCCUCUGGGUACUCCGGUUUCCUCCCCCAGUCCAAAGACGUGUGUCUAAAGUGUCCGUAGGGCAUGAAUCACGUAGGGCAUGAAUGCGUGUGUGAGUGUGUAUGUGAUUGUGUGAUGGAUUGGCACCCUGUCCAGGGUGUACCCCGCCUUGUGCCCCAUGCUCACUGGGAUAGACUCCAGGUUCCCUGUGACCCUGAAGGAAGGAUAAGCGGUAUAGAAGAUGGAUAGAUGGCUCUCAGGAAGGGCUUCUUUUGGUUCUAAACAUUUGAGUUGUUCUGGAGCUGAUUUUGAAAAUGGACAACCCACAAAUCGACUAAACUGUGCAGUUUUGAAACGGAUCUUUGGGUCGUGUUUGCCGUCCUCACUGUGGUGGCAGUGUGUUCAUGAAUCCCCUUCCUAUAAAAUUUUAAGCUGUUAGAGAUUUGAACUUUUUUAUGUUCCUGAUUGUGCUUAAUGGUAUUUUAAUUGUAUAUGUAUUUUUAUAUCACGCUGUGUUUAAAGAUUUUUGGUUGUCCCUAUUGUGCUGUAUGACAAAGGGGUUUUGAAAGAAAUCAAGCUGAAGUGAAUUCUCUUAGUGUUUGUGUGAGCUAAAUAUGAUUAAUCUUUGCAGAGUUUAUUGUAUGUAUUAAUUAUUUCUUAUUUCCCUGAAGGAUGCCAACAAUUCUGGAGUUUAUUAAUAUUUUACUGAUUUAUUUGUAGACUUUUUUGAAGUUAACAAAAAGUGAUGUAUAAUGGUGUAAAUCCUUAAAUUAUUUAUAGUAUAACCUUACAUACAAAAUAGCAUUUUUUGAUUGUUUUUUUUUGUUGCUGUUGUUUGUUUUGGGUUUUUUUUAAAUUAAAUCAACCAUGGCAGUAAGACACUACAGAAUUCUACCCA